GUUUGGCUUCACAGAAUCGAAAUUCCAACUCACCCAAACAUCUCGCCGCGCUCCCAAGAAACAAACUCAUCUCUAACAAUCUCCAAUCCAGCUUCAAUGGAGGAGUUCCUGUACCGCGUGCCCGCCGGGGACGCUGGCGCCCUCCCCCAGCUCUUCCACGACGCCGGCUGCGGGCCAGACUUCGUCAUCCGGCGGCGCCGCGUUGGUGAGCACUACGAGGCGUGGCUGCACAGAAGCCGGCGGAUCCGGGCUUCGCUGGACGAGCCCGAGGAGGAUGCCAUUGCGGCCCCCUGCGACGUUGAGGAGGGCGCCCGGGACAAAGAUCGCUGCACCGGCGUGGAUCUUGACCCGGAGGACACGUCGUGCCUCAUCCCCUCUUACGCCCGACGCCUCGCUAGCACUGCCGCGCCGGCGCAGCGUGACGAGGACCAGGCGUCGCCGCGGAUCCACGCGCGCCCCUCCGAGGAGGCCAGGGUACGCCAGCGCCGGGCGGCGGCGUCGUCUCGGCCUACGACCCCUGCCUCACCACGACGGCCGCGCCGGCGCCGCGCGACCACGCCGAGGCAUGGCUGCGGAGUCGCGUGCACCUUGCGGCGGACGGGGAGGGUAUCGAUGGACGAGACGGAGUCCAAGGUGGACGGCAGUACGAGCAACGGGGACGACACCUCCGUUGUCGUCCAGAUCGGCAAACCAGAAUUUACAGUUGGGUGUUAAUGGAUGUUUCGACUUCAAAGAUUGUUACUGAAACUGUUAAUAGCGACGGAUGUUUCUGUUAACAUUGCACUAGUUGCAAUCCGAAAUCUACCAGCCGGACUAAACCGAUUGAACUGAGAGUUGCGAUAGUACUCACAGUUUUCAGCAAACAAACAGCUAACGGUGGCACCGUCAUUGGAGUGGGAGGUGUCGCCAACAAGGCACUCGCUGAUGUUUUCUUGGCAGAGGCCAAUCACCGCAAUUUCAUGGCGCGGAUCAGGCUUGCAGUUCAACUCGGGCCGAUGUAUUGGGUACAUGAACUUACUGACUGGGUCUACAUGUUGAUGGGAUCCACAAGGUAUCGUGAGAGGGACUUCUGGUCCUGGCUUGGAGUGGUGGGCGACCCUAUCCAGAACAAUGAUGAUACCUGUUCGAUAUGCGCAACGCUGGUCUGCCUCGAGGCCCGGCAUCGCUUGGACUUCGAGAGGCGAUACGGCUUCAACAAAUUUCCCUUCUAUAUCACGGCAGCAGCGGUCGCGGACUUGAAGAAUCAAUGCACGGUGCGUGGUGUGUGGACACCUCUAUAUGGUGCUCAUGAGGAGGGGGUGCUGAGGGUGAUCCAGGCGAUGGGAGGGGCUGAGGUGGCCAACAGGUUUGGUUGGAAGCCCUGCAAACUUCAGGUGAAGAGUUGGGAGUGCCACUCGAACCGGGACCACAAUGGCCAGGCAAUGCGGCAGUCCGAGAUUGCAAAGUUGAUCCAAACGAAGGGACCACUUUUAGGUACAAUUCUAGUGCAUACUGAGAGCUAUUAUGCCCCAGGCUGGGAGGAUCGAGUUUAUCGUGGAAAACCAAGAGGAACAAAGGGUAACGGUCACUUGGUGGUAUGUACCUCAUACUGCUACCACCCGACUGGCCGGGUGGGCAGCCCGACCGAGCUCCACAUUGAGGUGGUCGAUAACCACACCCGGACCGGACCGGUGAGGUGGAUUCUCGCCAUUGCCUUCACCAGGUUUUUCGUGGUUCACGUGGAGCCACUGAAUGCUAGAGAGGUCCGGCCCAGCCUGUGGCGCCGUCUCCUGAACACUAUUCUUAGGAUCUUUCGGCUGGCAGUGCAUUACUGAGACUUGUUGAUUUUGUUUCCUCGAUUUUGUGUACACUGCUAAAGAGACGUUGGGUAUGAUAUAUAGUUGACUGUAUAUUUUACAAUUUCA